UGGCUCAGGGGCUCAAGGAGGAACCCGCGCGGCCCCUCCGCGAGCUCUCCCCGCGGGCUGCCGCACCGCCCCCCCCCCUCCGUGAGCGCCCGCGCUGCCGCGAAUGGGCCCGCGCGCGCCCGCCACAUCCCGGGAGAGGGGACGCGUCCAGCACCACGCGCCACCCAGACAUCCGACGAGAGGUCGUUCCAGCGCAUCCGCGACGUGGCCAGGCAGGAGUGCAAGAACCUCACGCUCGCGGAGCUGAUGCGAGGCACGCGGCCAGAUGUGGACAGCCGCAUCAAGGCGGGGCGCUGGCUGCACCAGCAGCUGCCCAUUCGCUUCGCCCGCCGCAUAGAGGACUUCCUCCAGCUGAACCACCUGGUGGUCUGCAACCCCCACAUAGGGAACGUCCUGGACGCCUACUUGGAAACCUUCGACGCGAUAACGGCGCACCGCGAAAUCGUGACGCCGUACGACGAGUCCCAGUUUUGCGAGCUUAUCCGGAAGCAGAAUACCCUUCAUGGACCUGGUACGCAGCUCAUCGCAGAAGGCUACAAGGAGGUACAGCAGAUGUAUAGCGACAUACAGCUCGAUGACUUCCUGAACACCUUCUUCACGUCUCGCAUCGCCACGAGGAUCCUCAUGGACAACUACGUGGAGAUGCGCGAGCCCAAGCCAGGUUUUGUCGGUGUUGUGAGGCAGGGGAUGCGGCCAUCGGAGUUGGUGCGAAACUUGGCCGACCCGCUCGUCGUGCUGACCACUUCGGUGUACGGCGACGCUCCGAGCCUCGAGUACCGUGGCAACGGCGACACCCGCUUGGACUACAUCCCGCGCCACGUGGGGUACAUGCUGCGGGAGCUGCUCAAGAACGCCCUACGGGCCACCGUGGAGCGACACAAGGGGAAGAGCUCGCAGAUCCCACCAGUGGUGGUGGAGCUGCAGCAGGGCGACGUGCACGUCAUCAUCAAGAUCUCGGACUGUGGCGGCGGGGUCCCGAAGCACAUACAGGAGAAGGCGUGGAAGUACGGCUGGACGACGGCCGCUGGCGACGAGGACCUGACGCCCUGGGGCGAGUGGUCCUCCGGGUCGGCCGCGCAGAAGCGCGCGAAGGACCUGGCCGGCUACGGCUUCGGCCUGCCUUUGACGAGGCUGCACGCCCAGUACUUCGGCGGCGACGUGUUCAUGCAGGCGCUGCCCGGGCACGGCACGGACAUGUACCUCCUGCUGACCCAUCUGAAGGAGGGCACGAGCUCCACCGAGAUCGACGACCUCUCCGCGACGCUGUACAGCAGGGAGCAGGCCGGGCAGCUCCCGAGGUGAGGGCGGCGGAGGAGGAGGAGGAGGAG